AUGGAAAGCCUUAUCGAAGUACCUGUAAUUAACGUUCGCGCCUUCUUAGAAAAAGACCCCGCAGAAUGGGAGAACCAAUGCAAACUAGUAGCUUAGUCACUUCAUCAAUUCGGAAUACUAAUCUGGAGAGAUCCCCGUGUUAAAGAGGAAGAUAAUGAAGACUAUAUCGAUUUAAUGGAAGAAUACUUUGAGUCUAACGCAAGAAAAUUUUACUCUGGUGAGAAACUUAAUGAUUGCAAACCAGAGUUCAACUUCUAGGCUGGAGUCACACCAGAAAAGCAGGAAAGAGCCAGAAACCAUCAGCAUGUCCUCGAUUAAUUGACCCCAGAAAAUUACCCUCUCUCUAAGUUUCCACCUGAUCUCGACGCCAAGUGGCGCUUCUUCUGGGCCAUAGGUGAGAGACCUGCUGAGGUUGCAGACAAUAUCCCUAGAGUUAUACCUGAAGGAAUCCCAGAGUGGGAAAAGAAGAUGAACAAAUGGGGUAACAUGAUGAUUGAUGCUACUUUCACUGCCGCAGAAAUGGCUGCUAUUGGAAUGGGACUUGAUAGUUAGACAUUCACAAGCAGAAUGACCGGAGGUCCACAUCUUCUAGCACCUACAGGCUCAGAUCUAGAAAGAUACGAUGUUGGAACUACAUUUGCUGGCUUUCACUAUGACCUAAACUUCUUGACCAUCCACGGAAAGUCUAGAUACCCUGGGCUCUUUAUCUGGCUUCGUAAUAUGCAAAAAAUCGCAGUUAAGAUUCCUCCAGGUUGCUUGCUUUUACAAGGUGGUUCAAUGUUUGAACAUAUCACUGGAGGAUACGUAUUAGCUGGCUUCCACGAAGUUAUGUACACUGAAGCCACAAAGGAAGCAAAGGAGAAGGCUUAAUUAGAUCCUUCAAGAAGAUUAUGGAGAGUAAGCUCCACUUUGUUUGGCCAUUUGAGAUAUAAUGUCGACAUCAGCCCAAUGGAUGAGAUGAAGAGUCUUGUCGACAUUGAAGAAGCAAGAAGAAAAUAUAAACCUAUGUCCGCUCACGACAAACUCAUGGAGGAGCUCAGAGCCAUUAAUCUUGCUCCGGCUGAGACUCAAGAGACUGCCGAGGGAAUCAUUGACUCGCUUAAAGCCAUGAUGUGA